AACAUGUAUGCCAGUCGAACUCAGUUCGUGCUAGCGUAUUGUUCAUUAUGUAGAAAAUAAUAGUUCACAUGAUGCGGUUCCUUAUUCUGUUUAUACUACUAGCAUUGGUGCUAUGCGAAGGCACCGAACCUCUGCCCGGAACCACUUCAGAACCAGCUAUCGCCGUGGAUAAGGAUCGUCUUCUAGCCAAUACUGUCCUGUUAGCAGCGUUUGUGGUUUUUAGACACGGAGAUCGAACCCCAGAUCAAGAUGAACUGGACAAAUUCCCAUCAAAAGAGCAUUACAACGAUGAGAUAUACUUUCCAUACGGAAAGAAAGCUUUAACAAACAAAGGAAAGCAGCGCGCUUACCUCGUGGGACAGUACCUGAGACAUCGCUACAACAACACAAUAUUAUCGCCGAUGUAUCUCCCCGACGAGACCUAUAUCCAGACGACCAAUUACGCUCGAACGCAAAUGACAGUCCUCACUGCGCUGGCGGCAUUGUUCGAACCAACGCCCGCACAGAAGUGGAACCCCAACCUGAACUGGCAGCCGGUCCCCUACGACACUCCAGCGUACGAGGACGACGAUUUUUUAUACUAUUAUCAAUGUCAACGCUACCUGCGCCUUCGAGAAAAGGUCUACGUUUCGCCAGAAUUUCAAGAACAGAUGAAACCUUAUGAGGGACUGUAUAAAUACCUUAAUAAAAUGUUUCCCGCAUCAAAUAUAACAACAUCUGAAGAUGUUUUCUACUUAGACAAUCUGGUGCAAGCUUUGGAAAACGUUGGGGUACCACCACCUCAGUGGAUAGUGGACUAUAUGCCACAAAUAAAGGAAAUAACUAAAAUUGAAUACGCGGCCGAGUUUUACAACAGUGAAAUGAUAGCGCUCUCGGCAGGAGUGCUGAUGGAUCGGAUACUGAAUGCUGCAACUGGUAUUAUAAAUGGAGAAGAGCUGCCAAAGCUGUGGUUGUUUUCGGGACAUGAAAAUAACGUGGGAGCGUUCAUGUCUGCAAUUAGGGUAUUCUAUGUUCACCAGCCCCAGUAUGGUUCGACAGUAUCGCUGGAGUUAAGAAAAGAUUUAGUCACUGGACGAAAUAGUUUUUUGGUUGUUUACGCGCCGGAAGCCGGAGGUCCCGACAUGAUACUACCAAUAAGGGGCUGCGGAGGUCAGGCUCUCUGCGAUUACGAAACCUUCGUCAGCCUCACCCGAGAGCACAGGCUCUCCAUGACUGAAUAUAUCCGACAAUGCUCUAUACCAAUUCAUUAAGGAAUUACCAAUACAAUAUAUUAUUUAAUCCAAUUUCACGGAAAUUAUAGACUAUUUCAAUACUGAA